CCUCACUCUGCUUUUUCAACUGAAAAAAACUCUGGUUUUUUUUUCUUGCAGAAAUUGAAGAGCAAAAACCGAAGGAUCUGAUAUUUAUUUUCUGGAUUUUUGUAUAGUUAAUGGGGUGGUAUGAGAUCAGCUGACUGUAGAAUUUUUCUUUGUGAAAAAGUAUGAGGAUUAUGAAAAACCCUAACAUUUCUAGCUCGAUUAAGGAUGGAGAUGUGAAGAUGGAGGAGGAAGGAAGUGUAAAGAGGAGGGAAAAUGAAAAGCCACCAGAGGAUGACUGUUGUCCUAUUUGCUUUGGGAAUUUCUCCAUUCCUUGUAAAACAAACUGUGGUCACUGGUUUUGUGCUAGUUGCAUAUUGCAGCUGUGGUACUACAGAUCAACACUGCGGCGAUGCAAGUGUCCAAUAUGUUGCUGCCUCAUAAGCAAAUUGGUACCGGAGGCAUCGUUACUUGUUCAACAGGAAGAGGAUGUUGUCGAGCUACUUAAAAAGAUUAGGCGGUACAAUCACCUCUACAUUAGUGGUGCUUAUGGGAUUUUUCUUAAGGUACUAGCACUGCCACUUUUAACUCGGAGAGUUCUCCGAGCACUGAUGGACACUCUGAUAGAUCCUGAUCAAGUUCGGUUAAACUAUUACUUGAUGCGCAUUCUUGCAUUGUUCCUGAGUUGGAUCUACUGUAGCUGCGAAUUUCAGUUCAUUCCUACUGGAGGACUGGGAAUCUGGAGGUUGUUUGACAUCUGUGCUAUUGCCACCGUGGCCAUUUUCUAUUUGGUUGGCCUAUACCAUAGAUGGGUGCUUCGUCGUCGUGUGAGACAGUUGGCUGUUCUACCAAUACAUCCUGAUUGAAAGCCUAUGCCAGCUUACUGGGAAGUCCUUGCUGUGAAUAUAUCUCAAUGUUUGUUGCCCAAAAAAAGAGAUCCCCUUGCAGAAUAUUUGGUUGUAUGGGAGGUUAUUUUAAACCAUUUUCUUCUACUCAUUUUGUAGGUAGCUAAGAGAUCGUAAUUCCUCCUCCCACUGAUAGGUCAUAUAUAUUAGUCUUGAACUCUAAUUAACAAAGUGCUUAGUGUGCUUUUGGUA